CCCUCCUCAGCCCUGCCCGGUGGCUGGCACUGAACCACCAUUCGCUUGAGCAGUCCCCGGGACGGGUUGCCCGCGCCCGCUUCUGCUGCUUCCACCGGGGAACCGGACCAUCGGGCGGACGGAGCCGGACAAGCGGGCGCUCCUGCAAGCCCGCCUCGGGCACCCGAGCCACGCAUUCCUCCUCCUCCUCCUCCCCUCCACCCCAACCCCGGGGCUCUGCCAGUCUGGGAACCAUGGCGACGGGAGUGAGCUGGGCAGUUCAUGCUGCCAAAUGCAACGGCUCGAAAGCAACUGUGGCGGAUCCAGAGCUGCACUACGACCACGACAUGCAUUUGAAAAUGAGUAAGAAGAUCGCCCAGUUAACCAAGGUCAUAUAUGCACUAAAUACCAAAAGUGAUGAACAUGAGGCUUCCCUGCAAGCUGCUAAGGAAUCUCACCAGGAGGAGAUCCAACACAUCGUUGCUGAGACACGGAGUAAGAUCUCACAGUAUAAGAGCAAGAUGGGGGAGGAGAUGGAUUUACGACAGCAAAUUCAGUCCCUCGAGGAUACCCUGGAGAAGCACAAGAAAUCCAAGGACGAGGUCUUGGCGCAGUUUGAGGUUUACAAACAGCAGGGCGCAGAGCGGGAGAAGAACAUGGAGAGAGAGCAUGCAGAAAGAAUAGUGGCGCUGUCACGGGAGAUGCUCAACAUUAAAAAGGAGUUUGAGAGCAAUCUGCAACACUUCAUGGAAAUCCAGCACAGGCUCGAACAAGACAAGCAGUUGGCAAUAACGGAGAUUGUGAAAGUGAACCAAGAGUCAGAGAACCUUCAGGAAAAAUGUAAAUUGCUCAAGGGCUGUUUUGAUGAAAAAUUCAAGUUGGAAGAGAAGCACAAAAUGGACAUUCAGUGCUUGAAUCAGGAGCUGGAAUUCCUGAAAUCAGAGAAAACAAGACUAACCACAGAGUUUGAGAAAAAAGUAAGUAAACUGCAAGUCUCGCAUCAAAAGGAACUGGAAUCUUUGAAAAAGGCUCUGCAGCAGUCAGUGACGGAGACACUGAAACAGUGGCAGACGGGACAGAGGAGGAGCCUGCAAGCUCAGGAGGUGGCCCUGCAGCUCAAACUGAAGAGGUUGGAGAGUGAUGUCGAAAUCAAAGACCAAAUGAUGCACGUAACUAAAACCCAGUGUCAGAAACUGCAGGAAUUGCUGAACACUGCAGAGCUCAAAGUCAAGGAUUUUGAAAACCGACUUCAAAAGGCAGAUAAUCAAUUGUCAGCAUCAGAUGAAAAACUACAAAAGAUGGAAGAUGAAGCUCAGCUUUUGAGGGAGAGACUGUUAGAAAAGGAAGCUGAAAUACUGCAUAAAACAGAUGAGAACAAGGAUCUGUCCAAGUCCAAGCUCAGUGCUGUGGCUGAGUUGGACGACUUAAAGAGUCACGUGUUGGAGCUGCAGCAGCAGAUGUCAGUCUGGGACCAGCAGCAUCAGGGAAAUAAAGAUGUUGAGGCUGAACACAGUCAGCAGCUAACACAGGUGAUUGAGGCACUUACUCGUGAAAAGGAAGAACAUCAUAGAAGGCACGAAGAAGAGCUGAAGAAACUGAAGCGAGUGGCCGAAGAGGAGAAGGUUCGUUUGAAGGAGCAGUUAAUGAAAGGACUGGAGGAACUGGUGAAGAAGCACACCACUGAGAUCAAGGCAGUGCAGACCUCAAUGGAACUGGAAAGAAAAGGACUGCAGAAGGAACUACAGAAUCAAUUGGAUGAAAUAAACAUCAGAGUUGAGAAUGAAAGACAUCUGCAGGAGAAGGAGAAGGAGGAACUUUACGAUAGACUUCAGGACUCUCUGCAGAAGAUUUCCAGGAUGGAAAGCUUCAUGAAGCAAAGAGAUAAAGGCAUCGAGCAAACUGAUUGUACAUAUCUACAAGCAAGUCAUGAGAGCUUACUGAAAGAGCAGGAACAGGCACUCAAACAGAUAUCAGAGCUGCAGGAGAAAUUGAAAAAGCAGAAAGAACAGCAUGAAGCUCUGGUUUCAUCCUCGAGAAAAGAGAACCUUCAACUUUCUCAACAGAUAGAGACAAAGUGGAAAGAAAAAGUACGAUGUGAGAACGAGAAGCUGCAGGAAAGGCUGAAGAGAGAACAUACAAUUGACAUGCAGUCGGCUAUGGCUCAGCUGCAGCAGGAGAAAGAGCAAGAAAUGGAAACCCUGCAGCAAAAGUGGCAAGCUGCAACAGGAACACUCGAAGCAGAGCUUGCAGACACAAAGAAGAACUUUGAACAACAAGUGACCAAUUCCCAAACUGCAGUCCAGUUACUUCAGUCCCAAUUGAAUGAAGAAAAGGAAACUCUCCUGCAGAAUGUUCAGUAUGUCACAUCACUAAAUCAAGAUCUUGAAUCUCAGCUUGAGAUCCUGAAGCAACAGGUCCUCAGUAGUGGGGAGAGAAAUCAACAGCAGGAGGACAAUUACCAGAAUCAGCUUAAAACACUGAGAGAGACUCUGUUAGAGUUACAGAGUGAAAUGUCUGAGCUACGGAAAGAAAGGACACUGCUUAACGAAAGUGUGGAACUGCUCAACAAGGAACUUGAAUUGAAGAAUCAGGAAGCCAUUCAGCAGAGAAUUAACAAGACACAUUACAGAUCACUGGAAGAAGAGCUUAAGGCAGAACAUGAGAAGGAAGUCUUGCUGAAACAAAAUCACUUGAAAGAAAUCCAAGGCAUUGUGUCUGAUUUCAGCAGCUCCCAAACCCGUCUCCAAGCAAAAAUAGUUUCCUUGGAAACUGAAUUGAAAGAGAAUGAAGAAAAGUCAAAAAAGCAUGAAUGCAGACCAGAAGAUUUACACCUCAUUAAUAAACUUCAAGAUAACCUAUCAGAACGUGAUCAGGUUAUUAAAAGACUCCUGGACGACAGGAAGUUUCAGCAGAUAGCUUUGGCAAACAGUGAAAGUAACAUCAAUAGAUGUUUUACCAGAACUCCUAUACCUGGAAGCUUCACUCCGACCAUGAAGAAAAAGAGAACAGAAGAUUUACCAGUUCGGGUGGUCAGUGUUCCAAAUCUGAGUUCAUAUGGGAAAAGCUUUCUAAGCUCUGAAUCAAGUACAAUCAAUAUGUUUCCUGCAAUGACUAAAUCUCCAAGCCUGGACCAAAACCUCAACAGCACAUCAAGAAUAUUUCUUCAGCCUUUACAAGUCCUGCCAUCUAAACCAAUCCCAAGCAUUACAAAUGAGGGGAUGGAAAAUCAAGAAACUACAGGAAAAGAUCCUCAGCAACAUGAAUGGUUCACUAAAUAUUUUUCAUUCUAGAAAUGAGUUAGAUAAGCAUGUUUUUAUAGAAUUUCAUUUAAUAAAUUAUUUGUGAUGUCCUCAAUCACCAUUUCUAAGAUUCCAUUGAAAAUAGUAAUAAUAUUUUCACCAGGAUAUGCAAAUAUUGUUCUCAGCAUAAAGUAGUGGGAAUUGUCUGUCAGCGUUUGAAGUAAUUCCUUGUCCCGCUCAGCAUAUUCCUACAUCAACCAAAUUGCCACAUUUUUUGUUUGACGUGUAUGUGUGCGUGUAAGAUUCAAGGUUUUAAAACUCUGACACAAACAUUAACUCUAUGGGGACAGCAUGCUAUUCUUUAAAAAACUCUUGCACUUUAUACGGUCAAGUUUGAUUUUGUUAGAUGUUUAAUUUAGAAAAAAAUAAUCCUUGCAUUUAUUAAAUGUACUGGUAUAUGUGGUAUUAGCAACUAUUAUUAUGAAAUUGAAUUAAUGAACAGCAAAUAGAUAUUUUUUUAAAGUAUUGUCUUGCAUGCCAGAUAAAAUGCCUCAAUUGCAGGGCAUUACGAUUAAAAAUGAAAGACUACCUCGUAUCUUAAGUAAUUGAAGAGAUAAAGUUACAGAAGUUAAAACAACACAGCACUAAAAGAGCCCCUGAUUUAAUCACAUUGCUUGAUUUUCAGUUAAUCAGUAUUGACACAUCAGAAUUGCAAGAUUGCGCAUCCUCAUUUUUAGAACAACUGGUUUGUUAAAUAGUUAGCUAAAGGAUUUAGAAACAGGGGGACACUGUGCAGAGCAAGUGGGAGCCUUUCCAAAUAACAAUUUAGGUUAGUUUGCUAUUUGAUGUAAUCCAUUUAUUUGAAUGUUAGAAAUGGCAAUGUUUUACUCAAUUCUUCUUAAAAUUAGCACAAGAUCCCUUUUGGUUUGGAUUUCUUUCUUUAACAAAAUUAAUUCCUGAUUGGAAAGAUGAGUAUUUCCCAAUAGAGGACAGGUGGGAACUAUAUUAAGGACAUAGAAUAUUAUAACACAUGAAAAAGUCCUUCAGCCCACAAGGUCUGUUCCAACAUGAUUCCAAGUUAAACUAAUCUCCUUCGCCCACAUGUGAUCAAUAUCCUCCAUUCCCUGCAUAUCCAUAUGCCUACUUAAAAGCCUCUCAAACAACACUGUUGUAUCUGCCACCACCACCACCCCAGGCUGCGCGUUCAAGGCACCCACCGCUGUGUUCUGGAAACAUGAGAUGGUUUUAAGUUCUCUUUAAGGGACAAUUCUGAAUGAACCUUAGCACUGUGGGAGAAUGUAGAGAAAAUUGAGGUACAGGAUGAUUAGUAUCCACGUUGUGUGGAUGCCAAAAAUUAUUGGGCAAUUGAUACUUACAAUAUACUGCUAACAUCACACUUAUGUUUAAUGCAGAAAGAUCACUCCUCCUGGUGUUUUUUAAUUUGUUAGUGGAAUAUGACUAUAAUGUAAACAGGGAACAUGGUGCUAUUUAUACAGUUUUUAAAUGUAGCAAUGUUGUAAAUAUAUACAAUGAAAUAAAUUACAUUUUUUGAGCAUUGCCACUCAGAGAAGGAAUAUUACUACAUACACCAAAAAAGCAAACUGCACACGCAGGGCUUAGUAACAUAUCCUUAAACUGGAUCUACCACUAUUAGAAUAAUAAGCUAUUCACUUACCAUAUGUGAAUGUAAUCAGAUUCAAUCUUUCAAAUUGAUACCCGUUUGAGAUGACUAACAAAAUACAUACGGUCCACUGAGUCUGCAACAAACAAUCACCUGUAUACUAGUUCUGUCCUACACUCCAAAACCAAUUAAUCUACAAACCUGCACAUCUGUGGGAGGAAAACCGGAGCAUCUGGAGAAACCCCACAGUCACAGGGAGAAAGUACAAACUCUGUAGGGGUAGCACCAGUGGUCAGGAUCAAACCCGGGUCUCUGGUGCUGUAAGGCUACAAUACUGCUGCACCACCCUAUUAAUUUCAUUCUCUGCAUUAGAUUCUAAAUAAAGAUUUAUUGUUACCUUUCCCUCAUAGAUUGCUGCAAUAGUAUAGGAAUCUAAUGAGACCCGAUCUGUAGCAUUCUUGUGUGUCUGAGUAUGUAUGUACUUCCUGGAAUCAGUCUGGUGCAAAUUUGCUAUAUUGAUCCUUGGGGUAAAAAGGUUGUCCUGAGCAACUUUAAAGAUUGGACCAUCUUUAAUGAAAUUAUGAAUGAGAGGUGACCUCAUGCAUGAUUUUGAGAGGGAUUGGUUGAUUUGAUCACGUUAUUGUUAAGCAUGGAAUUUAGUGCAGAGACUCAGAAUGGAUAAUUAUUUAGAAUUCAGCAAGUUAAAUUUCUUUGGCUCAGCAUCACAGCCCUCCAAGAUUAAUUAAAAAAGUUUACGAAUCUUUCAGCAACGUUCAAGCCGAAAUCAGCUGACUAACAGGGGAUCAGGUGGGGUAGUGGUGUCGAGCUGCAGGAUUUAAUCAAUCUUUUUGAACAGGAGUGGAGACCCGAGGGGCCUGGUGCCCUGUGCCUGUUCAUCUCCACAGUUCAGAACAUUACUUGUCCAUGUUGGGGAGAUGGCACAAAGUGCAGGUGCACUGUUGUGAAUGGAGCAGCGGGAGAACAUACAAAAAUCACUGGAAUAUAAGAUGUUGAUCAAUUAUGGUUAUAUUGGCAACCUUCACGCUACAACAUUUCAGGUCAUGAAAAUUAUGCCCUACCGAAUUCACAAGUCACCAAAUGUAACGCAUGCACAGAUGACAGUUUUGUGCGAUGGAAAUUGUUCCAGGAACCCUCCCCAGGACUGCAGAGGCCACCUGAACUUGAAGGUCCAGCAGAGCUACAGUUCCGGUGUGCUGGAAAAUGAGCGGGGAACUCUUUAUGGACAUGAUGGGCUGAAUGGCAGCCCAAAUUCAAAUUUCUUCAAUAUUAUGAAAUGGAACAGCCACAAGAACCCAUAAA